UCACUUGAUUUUUUGUCAAUUGCACCUUAAAUGACGACAAUACCCUUGGAGGGUCUUAUAAAGUGACCGUCUUGACUCUAUCAUCUUCAAAGUUCGCACACAGAACAAUCACAAUGGCUUUCCAUCAAGAGUUAGAAGCACUAACCCAAGCUUUCUCAGGGCAUGGAGUGGAUGAGAAAUCAUUGGUGACAUUACUGGGAAAAUGGGAUCCUCUGGAGAGAGAAUCUUUCAGGAAGAAAACACCACAUUUGUUCACUGAGGAUCAUGAACGCCAUUUUCAGAGGUGGGAUGAUGACUAUGUUCGUCUUCUCAAGCAUGAAUUCGUGCGUUUUAAGAAUGCUGUGGUGUUGUGGUCCAUGCACCCUUGGGAAAGAGAUGCCCGUUUAGUAAGAGAGGCCCUAAAGAAGGGCCAAAAUGCAUAUGGAGUUUUGGUUGAGGUUGCAUGCACUAGAUCCUCAGAACAGCUAUUAGGAGCUAGGAAGGCCUAUCACUCCCUCUUUGACCACUCCAUUGAAGAAGAUGUUGCCUCUCACAUCCAUGCCAUUGAAAGAAAGCUAUUGAUUGCUCUACUAAGUGCCUAUAGAUAUGAAGGAUCCAAGGUUAAAGAUGACACUGCAAAAUCAGAGGCCAAAGUCCUCUCCAAUGCAAUCAAGAAUGCUCAUAAGAAACCUAUUAAUGAGGAUGAUGAAGUGAUAAGGAUAUUGUCAACAAGAAGCAAGCUACAUCUUCAGGCAGUUUACAAGCACUACAAAGAGAUUUCUGGCAAAAACCUUGAUGAGGAUCUUGACGACUUAAGAUUUAAAGAGACUGUGCAAUGCCUUUGUAUCCCACAAAUAUACUUCAGCAAGGUUUUGAAUGCAGCAUUGAGAAUUGAUGUGGAUAAGAAUACUAAGAAAUCUCUUACUCGUGUGAUUGUUACUAGAGCUGAAAUUGAUAUGAAGGAAAUACAAGCACAGUACCAUAAUCUGUAUGGAGUUUCUUUGCCACAGAAAGUCGAAGAGGUUGCUAGAGGAAACUACAAGGAUUUCUUGCUAAAUUUGAUCGUCAGAGGAGGCUGAUUGAAGAAGUUAAAAGGAGAAGAAAACCUUGGAAGAUGAAAUUGUUUUUAAUUUCUAUACAAUGUAUUGUUUUUCCUCCCAAUUUUCCUUUGGUUGUUGCUGCUCAUUUUCACUGCACGAUGCUUCUUCAUCUUGUACUAUCAUUGUCACAAAAAGCAAAAGUGAAAGUGUAAUCAAAUAAAAUCAUUCUGGUGUUUCUUCCAA